CAGCAGUGCGCAUGCGCGGUUAUGCUUAAUUAAAGGCUCAGUGCAGGUGAGCCCCUUUAGUCUGGAUGAGUCGCCCGUGCUCGACAUGCACUCACGCCAGAUCAUCUGUUUGGCUUUUCUGUCAAUAUUGAAGUUAUCCAAAGGGCAAAAUUUCCAGUGCCGUCCAAACCAGUGGCAGUGUGAUGAUGGAAGCUGCAUCGCUGAUAAAUGGAGAUGUGAUGGAGACGGCGACUGCCUGGAUGGCUCUGAUGAGAUGGAUUGCGCUGGCUCUGCUCGCUGUCCACUCGGUCAGUUUCCAUGCAUGGACUCGGUCGGCUGUGUUGACGCAGCUGCACGCUGUGAUGGACAGAAGCAGUGUCCAACCGGCUCUGAUGAGGAGAACUGUACGGUCGCCAGGGGUUGUUUAGACUCCGACUGGAUGUGUGGGAAUCGCAUUUGCAUACCCAAAGGGCUACGCUGUGAUGGAAACGACGACUGCAUGGACAACUCUGAUGAACAGGGCUGUGAUGUGGUGUGA